AUGCUGUUCGCCUUCGUCGCCACUGCAUUGACCCUCCUAAGCCAUGUGCAGGCGCAUGGAGAACACGCGCACGAACAACAGCCCAUAGUGCCGGAAGACGCAGACUGGGCAACCCGGCACAUGGCAGAGGAACAUCACAUCUCCUCCUUCGACGCCGGUUCCUUCUUCAACCUCCACGACUACGACUCCAGCAACGAAUGGACCCGCGACGACCUCCUCAAGACCUACGGCCUCCUCGACCAAUCCACCGCGCACGUCUCGCAGGCUGACAAGGACGCCGCCGUCCAGAGAGUCAUCACCCUUUUCGAUCGCGAUCAGUCGGGCACAAUCUCCUUCGCCGAGUACACCGUUGGGGUCGCACAAGGUCUCGCCCUCCCAGAUCUUGGCUACGGCCCCGGCCACCACGGCGAUGACGAGUACGAGUAUGAGAUUCACCAUUUCGAGAAGUACCACGAUGAAAACACGCGCGAGGAGGACUUGAUUCAUCCUGAGGAUAUUGAGCAUUUCCGGAAACACGAGGAGAUGGAAGAGGCGCAAGAGAGACAGGAGAGGCUAGAUCGCAUGCAGAUCGUGGAGGCCAAUAUCCCUCAGAAGUUUCGAAGGGAACUGUAG